GUGCGUUUGACGCCCUGCAAUGGAAAACAGCGCAAUUGAACGGCUUUGUUUGCCAGCCAUAACCAUGACAAUCAAGAGUCUGUAAGGAUUAUUGCCAGUUUCCCCAUGCUGCACCGGUCGUUGAUGAUCUUGAACAAUUUGCCAGAUUGAAGCAGCCCGACAAAAUGGCAAACCUUAACAGCUUUCUUGAUGACGCGCCUGAAUCUAUUCGCAGUAACAAAGAAGUAAUUGCGUGGCUUUCAGAAAAACUGGAAACGCUAGAAUCAGAAAAGAAAAUCGAAAGGCUGGAGGCUGAAAUCAAGAAGCUCAAAGGUAGCCGGUCCAACGAAGAGAAUCUUCGAAAGCAAGCCAACGAGUGGAAAGCCAAGUAUGAAAGACUGCAUAGAGCAGCCACGAUUCCAAAGUAUGAGCAUUCUGAGGAUAAUGCCAAGCUUAUCGAGGAAACCAGACAACAGCUGCUCAAGCAGUACGAUGAAGAGAUUGGGCGUCGGGCCGAGAACGACCAACGGCAAGCACAGCAGGUUAUAGAGCAAGCCAAAAAGAUCGAGAGAUUGCAGGCCGAAAACGCAAAAUACAGACAAGUACUCGAAAAGGCCAAAAAACAAGAUUUCCAUCCCUCUGCACCAAGUAAAGCGACGUCGGCCAGUGGCAAUGUUUACAACGACCUUACUGGAUAUAAAACAAAGUCGUUGACGGUCAGCAACGAAAAGCAAAAUGGAAGUCCAAACAAUUCCCGCAGAACUUGCAGCAGCGUAUCCAACGACAUCCAGGGUAAUGCGCAUGCACACGCGGCGGUCAAGCUCGCUAUAUCAACCCUUGAUGCCGAAUUGCCCGAAUCCUACACAAAAAAUUCGAUCGAUGUCGAAUCUUUGCAGUUGCCGAGGCGGCGCCCAGGCCUCAAAGUCCCCCAAUUUGAAGGGUCCUGUGAAGUAAGGCUUGGUCAGAUGAUUGACUGGGGUACACAAUCCUUCCCUAAACGCAAGGCUGAGGUUAGGUACUUUAACGCCGAUACAUUUAUUGGGGCUGGUGUCUUUUACCAGCUAUGUCGCAUGGAUUCCUGUCGCGUUAUUGAGUACGGAAAAAAUUUAUCCAUCACUGGUAAAUCCCGGAAGCACGCCGACAUUACCAUUAUCCUUUGCCAUGUCGCAGCUGGAAACCAGUUGUCGCUCGUACAGCCUGACCAUUUCGUUGUCGCUAUUGUCGACUCCGGAGAAAAGGCUGUGCAACAUUUUCAAAAGAAAAGGGUUCAAGAAGACCGAAAAUUGGGGAGCUUGUCCUGCUGGGGAAUGGAAAACGCCCUGGUAAACAAGCUAAAAACCGAUCUCGAACAAGCCUGGAACCUAAAUUUGAGUGUUUCUCAGAAAGAGUUUAACUAUGCCGGCAAUACUUGUUUACUUCAAUGCGUAACAGCGGUACGAUCAUAUUUCGGCAAACAUACUCCGCAAGAAGGCGACCAAUACUCUAUUCGAUUAUUUUACCUCGAGCGACUGCUGGAGGAAUGGGUCCGUGAAGAAAACGAGUCUGGCACGUCAAAAACCUCGCAAAACAAACUUCAAAGCCGGACUCCACCAGCAAUCAUCGCGCUAGCUGAACCAUCUUCCCAUCCCAGCGUAUGCGGGGUGGCAUAUCGGCAGGUUCCUUGCCAGGGUGGCGAAUUUGUGCUGCUUCUUCCAAACCCUGAACAAUAUCGGGACCUGAAAGAAAGAAGGAAAGGUAGCCCUUUGCUUUUCACUGUCGCCGAGAAACUCGGAGCACGAAAGCAGGGCGCAUUCGUUAUCGAAAUCCCCACAGCCUCUCGACCGGAACUUCCCGAACAAAGACCUCAGCAAGCACAGUGCACAACCUACGUCCCGGAAAAGCUGGACGGCUUUUGGCGGCUCUUCACUAAAAAAGAAAAAUCAAGCCUUCCUCUUUUACCUGCCAAUCCACAGAAGGUUGGCUGUUUGGACGCCGCCACCAAGGCGUACGAAAACCUCGUUGCGGAAUCAUUCAAGCAAAAGAAAAGCUUGGAGGGUGUUGCUUAUCAGACGGACAUCCCAGCAGAGACCAGCAACGAACGGGAUUGUGCUUAUUUGCCUCCAGAAAGUCCUAUUUGGCCAAUCCGAGGCAACAAGCUACCUCGAACAGGUAUACCGGGACUCCAUACUCCGACAUGCUACCGAGGGACCCCUUUCGCUCCGUUUGCAUGGCAUCACGAAGACUUUGAGCUGGGCGCGAUCAAUUAUCUUCAUUAUGGACAGAAAAUAUGGUUUGUCACACACCCAGGGUUCUUUGACAAAGCAACCGCAACGUUUCAAGAAGCUCUAAACAUCGACCAAGAUCACAGCCAAUUUCUGCGGCAUGAGGCGGUACAUGGCGGUGUUCAGUAUCUACGGAACAAAGACAUACCGACGAUAGGUUUUAUGCAAGAAGCCGGGCAAAUAGUCGUCGUUUACCCACGCGCCUACCACUCGGGAUUUGGUGCGACGGCGACAGUCGCUGAAGCGGUCAAUUAUGCCGAUCUGCAAUACACUCUUCCGCAAGACUACAGGCCGUGUCACAAGAAAUGCCAGCCGUCAGACCCCAUCACCGCUGACUUGGUGUUCCCCGAAAAUAAUUGUGGGCGGACUGCUACCUUACGCUGCAAGCCUAAGACAGUUGCAACUUUGUGCCCCGCGCCGACUUCCCAGGAUCUCCGCGAAGGUGUUCCAAAAAGGAAAUACGCACCAGAGCCUAAGAGAAAACCUAGUGAACGGCCUAGAUUGAAAGGAAAGAAGCACAACGAGGCACAAGACGAACCAUCAAACGAGCCCCCAGCGAAACGACAAAAAGACCUACCCCCUCUUGAGGACAUGGCAAACGAGGUCAUAAAUGCAGAAGAGCGGGCCAAGAGCCACAUCAUGGCAUGUAUUGACAACUCGGAUCUCAUUUUGCCCAACAAGACUAUGGAAAAAAAGGCAGAUCAGUAUUUAGUCCUUAGCGCACGUUGGGCAAAGCAUGCGCCGUUUAGCAGAAUGGUGGCCUUGAUAUUGGAGACCCACGCAGUUGAGCUGAUGUACUAUGAAUCAUUUGGCACUUUAUUCGACAAGAACAGAGUUUUGCGGCGAUUACCAAGCGAAAUAGUUGACAAGUCUCUCGACAUGCUGACCGAAAGACCAACCGAUUCCGCGUUCAGGACCUGGUUAGGAAGACGCCGUACCUUUUUAAAACUUGGCCUGGAAUACCUACUGUUUAUACCCGUUGCUGGGGAGAAAAGGAUGCCUGGCUUUCAAGACUUUGAACGGUUAACAGACCAUCAGAUCCAAUCAUUGCGCAAACUUAUCAAAACCCCUGCCAACGCCGAUACCAUUGCAAAAGUCGGCGAAAGAUUUCGACGCAGUAUUAUCGAAGGUGACAUCUCGGUUUGGAAAAAUAUUGGGCAAAAUGAAAUUCGGGAUAUGAACUUGGAGGAGAUAUCACGCCGGAUUUUUCCGCUCGAAACAGAGCAGGUGGAACGCUAGAAGGCCGUUUCCGGUUGGCCAAUAAUGCAAAGCUUGUAUUUUUCCUGAUGGCGAGACCCGCAGGAGUGUUGUUAGUAACCUUCCAAAUUCCGGUUAAACUGCCCAGUUGAUGUCUACAACCAGGGAAACCUGCACAUUAUAUUAGGUGACUGAAAGCAAAAUUUUGUUGGGUGAACAGGUUUCUUAUAAUUCUUCCCAAGUAGAAACUGUCCCAUAUUCCAUAUAUCCCUUCGUCCCUAAAUGGUAAAAAUACAUUUGCAUCUCAAUAUUUCC